GCCCCUCGCCCCCCCCCGGCCAGAUGUUCUAUCCUCCUAGGGGCGGGGCGAUGGUACCGCAGCUUUCUAGGCGCCCUUAAAGUUCCAGCUCCAAACACAUCACAGGCCCCGGAGGCGGGACUCAGCUCCCGCGGCCGCCAUGUGAUUGGUUUAAACUCGCGAUGCCCGGCCUCUGCAAACUGAGCCUGGCUCCGCCCCCCAACCCGGAUCCCCGCCCACAAAGGUAGGACCUCCGCGUCUCUGCGCAACCCUAGUUAUCCGGAAAUGAAGAUGCACUUCCGGGUUGAACAGCGUGUGUCCCCUCCUUCAAGAUGGCGGCGCCCAUGUCCCUGGUGGUGGAGUUUGGAGGUGGAGCAGAGCUCUUGUUUGAUGGCAUUAAAAAACAUCAGGUGACCUUACCCUGUCAACCAGAGCCUUGGGACAUCAGAAACCUGCUAAAGUGGAUCAAACAGAAUCUAUUAAAAGAGAGACCAGAAUUAUUUAUUCAAGGGGACACAGUGCGACCAGGAAUUUUGGUGCUCAUCAAUGAUGCAGACUGGGAACUUAUGGGAGAGCUGGACUACAAACUCCAGAACCAGGAUAAUGUGGUUUUCAUUUCGACGUUGCAUGGAGGUUAAGCUCUUGGAAGACCCAAGGGCAUAAAACAAAACAGUGAGGGAGAACCUUCACAUCUCCUGAACUGUCUGCCUCGCUUACAAGCCCUGGCAAAUCAUUUACCCUGUCAUUGGGUGUACAAAUAAAACCUGCGCCAGUGAUUGGCCUGGCAUGCACGUCUUCCACCUUUCUUUCUACUUUUAACCUCUCCUGACUGCAAUCCCUGAUGCAUCGAUGAUGGGAGAGCACCUGCUGUAUUUGAUUGUUAUUGCUAGAUCCACAAGGGGAGAGCACUUGGAUUCAGUGCCGAAAAUUAGUUUAUUUAAGCAGAAGGGGAGGAGGGUGCCUUUUUGCUGGAGGAAAGACCUGGAGAAGUUGUGUCUUCAUUUCAGGGCAAAGAUGGGCAGAUUUUGCUUUGGCUGCAAUUGCUGUGUUUCUUACAAUAGGAUGUUUAUUUGGUGGAGUGCUUUUCAUAGGAACUGUCCCAAAAUGCCUUGCAGCAUUAGCAGAUAGGAGGAAACAUGAAAUACAAGAAAGCGAAAUUAGGUUUUUAACUGUCUUCACAUGAGGUGGAGGAGAGUGGAUGGCAACAUACAUGUAGGAUCUGUCUACACUGCAAUUAAAAACCCGCAGUUGGCUUUGGGGCUGUGUAGACGUUCAGACUCUAAGACUUAGCCAAAUGGGAAGGUCCCAGAGAUUGUGCUGCAGUCUCAGCCUAAACAUCUACGCUACAAUUAAACAGCUUCUUUAUCCUGGGCCAGUUGCAGGUUUUUAAUUGCAGUGUAGGCACCUUCAAGGCCCUUGUUCCACUCACCUCAUCUUGUCCCUGAUUACAGCUGUGCCAAGUGGGUGUGAAACACUAGGAAAUCCAAAUUUUACACUCCUUUGCUCAGAUGUAAAGUACAACACUGGCAGAUGAGAGCAAAGCACCCAGACAAGUGCAAAUAAUUUUGCUACAUGCAAGACCGUAGAGAAGCAGGACCUCUGCCUAUGAAAUCUGGUGCAGAGAUUCCCAUUGGUUCUGAGCUGGCAAGCAGAAGUGUAAGAACUGCAAUGAAUGUGGUUUUCAGCAUCAGAGAUGUGGAACAAUUACUGCAGAGCAGGUAUGCACCAACCACUCUGGCUUUGUUGCAGCAGUUUUUGAUAAGCAAUCUAAGAGUAGUGGGGCUGAAAUGUACUGAAAACGGGCAUGAAAAUGCUGAAAAAGCAAAUAGUAAACAUCUUUUAAACCUUUCCCUCAGCUGCCCAAAAGGAAGGUGAGCUUUCCCAUCAUACUUUACCUACUGAGAACGUCCUAUUGUUGCUGUGGCUGACAUGGAGGUGGUGUGGAGGUGUCAGGGUUUAACAAUGUAAGGAUAUUAUUUGAUUUCCAGCAAUUUCCCUGGAAAUGCAGAUAGGCUUAAACUCCUUCUCUGCAGUCCCAAACUGCUCACCAGGCCACAGUCAAGUACUGGGGAGGUGGGGGAGGCAAAAGGCAAAAUUCAUGUAAAUAAAACUGAGAUGUGGAUACCA